CUCUUCUAUGUUCCAUUCUCCACCACGUCGCAUUGCGCUGGAGGCCAUGAACGUCGCCAACGAAACACGAGUGCACCAAGUGUGAAGGAAGAGCCAACUCGACAGGUAGGCAGACUGAAAGGGCGGAAGGGCGAGAGAGGAAGGACGGGACAAGAUGUGAGGUGCUGCGGACGUGUCCUGUUCAGCAAGAGAUCGAGAAGAUGGAUGUGCCAAACGCACCGGCAGUGUGGUCGCCGCAUCGAAGGUUUUUCGGGUUGGCUCCAGCGACAACAUGUUGCUGCGGCUGCACGCUGCAGAUGGAAAUGUACAUCUUCGGAGUGCUGUCCAUCAUAUGGGGGACGUUUGGGUUGCUCGGAGUCUUGUCGGGCAGCGGCUUUCUUCCGUUUGUCUUCCAGACGGCCAUCAAUCUUGGCUUCGGCUAUCUUGCGUGGAGAGCUGCGGCCGACCUGCAUCUGCCCUCAGCCAAGCUCUACUACUUCUACAGAGUAUUCCUGGCGGUCCUCUCGACACUGGUGUUCCUCUGGGCACUGGUGUUCCUCUUUCUGCCAUCUUUGAACGACCAGAUCGAUCACGAUAUGGAUGAGGCGAUCAAGCAGGAGGAGGAGGCGAACCCUGACGGCCACCACCUCACCCCACAGCAGACAAAACGACUCGACGACUUCAUCAUCGUGUGCCUGGUGCUCAGUUUCCCCGGCUGUCUGCUGUCGUUAUACUUGUGCUUCGUUGUGUGGUCCUUCAAAGAACGAGUCAGCAGAGGAGAGGUGCUGGUGGUCACGACUGGGCUGCACCCCGUCUCGGCCCAUUUGGCUGGCUACACAGUGGGAGGUGUGCCGACCGCCCCGCCAAUGGCCGACAGCGUGCGUGUGGUGCACAAUGUGAGCGUGGCUGGGGGCGACCCGGCGCGACAGCCGCUGAGAAGCAACGACUACCUGCCCGCCGCAGAUGGACCGGUUGCGCCCGAGUCUCAGCCGCUGGUCCAGCAAACACCGAGAGAAGACAACCAGCAGCCAUAGCAACAUGAUUCCUUCUCUGAGGAGGCUUGCUCAAGCUCUGCUAUAUCACAUCUACAGCUCCCUCUCUCUCCCUCUCUCUCUCUCUCUCCGGGUGGUGUGUUUGCCUGUCCCUUUCGCUGUCGAGACGUGCGGCCGAUGGGGGCAGCAGAC